AUGUGGGCUCUUUUUAUUUUAUCAUCUAAUGGAAAUUUAUAUAGUAUUGGAUAUAAUGGAGAUGGAGCUGCUGCAAGAGGUAUGAAAAAUGUUCAAGAUGUUGAAUUGGGUGAAUGUGAAAUCAAGUUGAAAGGUAAAAAAUGUCAAAAGCCAAAAUUUAUUAAGGUUCUUGGAUAUAAAAAUAAGGUAGCUGCACUUACUGAUAAUGGAAGAAUUUUUUUAUGUGGAGAAGAUGUUUUACCAUUUAUGGGUGAGAAAUCACGUCGUAAUGUUUACGCGUUUAAAGAAUUAGAAUUACCUUACUAUUUUACUGAUAUGGAUUUUGAUACUACUAAUGGUAUAACUGGAUUUAUUAGUGAUGAUAAUUGUGGAAUAAUAAUUGAAAGAGGAGGAAAUGUCAGGAAAAUAUUUGAAAAAGAUAUUCAAUUGAAGAAUUAUUCAAGAGAUGAUAGUGAAGAUGAGGAGGAUGAUGAAAAAGAUAUUGGAAACCAGGCAGAAGAAAAGAAACUAAUCAAAUAUUUACGUCAUGCUGACUGUGAUAUUUUAAUAUAUGAUAAUUAUUCUAUUGAUAUCAAAUAUAGAGGUGUAUAUUAUUCAUACAAAUUGUCAAGUCCUAUUUGUUAUCCUAACAAUGGAUGUAUUUAUGAAUUGGCAUGUGACAGAUUGAAUGAACUACUUAUGGCCAUAAAUCCAUUAUCUAUGAAGUUUGGUGGUGAAUUAUCUGCAUCUAUGAAUGGUCAUCAUUAUAUUUAUUACUACGAAAAGACAAUGUUUAAUUUAAUCUCCAUUAAAAACAAAUAUGACAUUUAUAAUGACACAAUGUUAUUUAAUUCUACUAAUUCUACUAAUUCUACAAAUUAUGGAACAUGUAAUCCAAUAUUAUUUCAAUUAGGUGAUUUUAGUAGAGAUGGACCUAAUCUACUUUAUUCUAUUUGUCCUGACACUUGGUUGACAUCUGCUGUUUCAAUUGUAUUUUUAUUGGUAUAUAUAACUAAAAUGGAUUCGAAUAGAAAGGAAACUAAUCAUGAAAAUUUGAAAUCUUCAAUGAAAGUAGUUCCAAAUAAUUCAAAUAUGAAUUCUCCAAAAAGUCAAUUGUCAAAUGUUGAAAGCAUUAUCAAUAAUAAUCAAGAUUCCAGUGAUGCCACUUCAUCUGAUGGUGAUAAUUAUUCAUAUUGGAUUGAAAAUGAAUUGGAAAUGAAAAAGAAUGUCAAAAUUCAAAAGAUUUUCAACAUUUUACUGAGUCAGAAAUUUGUAAUUGCCACCUAUCUCACUUCAUUCAUUAUUCACAUUUUACUAUUCAUAUUUUUUGGAGCUGUUGAGGAGGGAAUUUACAAUCAAGAUCCAAUCAAAUCAAAUAAUCAAAGAAUUUUCAUGGGAGAUGGUGGUUUCUUUGUCUCCUCGAGGGGAUGUGUCAUUACCAAUGCCAUUACAAUUAUAGUAGCCAUUGAAUCAUUGUUUUAUAUUGUGGUGGAGAUUGUCUUUUUAGUGUUGUGCUUUAUCAUUCCUAGAGAUACGUGGUUUAUUAAGAGAGAGACAUUAUUAUUGACCUUAUUGCAAUUCUUUUCAAUUAUUUUAUUUGCAAUUUGUGGAUUUUUGGUACAGGUGACCAAGUUGACUGAUUUUUUUGUUCCAUUUGGGUUUACCUUAAUGGUUUAUUCAUUUACUGAGGUUGUGAUAUGUGUCUUGUUGCCAAUAUUAUAUUCUAUAGUAUUAUUGAAUCGCACGAAAAAGGAAAGAGUGGAAGAGUCUGAAUUGGAACACUUUUUAAAAAGUAAGAAAACUUUUAAUAUUUUAUUGGAUUUUGCUAGAAGAAGUUACUGUCCUGAAUCUGUGUUAUGUUAUCAAGAUAUUGAAAGAUUUAAAUUGACAAAUAAGAAAAAUAGAAAGCAAGCUGCACUUCACAUUACUAAAACUUAUCUGAAACCAAAUUCACCUCUCGAAUUGAACUUUCCAAAACUUUCUCAAAUGUUUGAACAAAUAUCCAAAGCAAUUGAAACUACACCACUAUUGGAAACAAACUUUUUUGAUAAUAUUCAAUGGCAUUGUAUUGAGGAUAUGACAGAUGUAUUCGAAAGGUUGAAGAGUCAAAAUAAGGAAGUAAGAAAUAUUCUAAAGCAAUGGAAAGUUGCAUCCCUUAAUGAUUUAACCACUUCUCAACAAGUUACUCUUCAUAACAUUACAAGCAAUGAUACUAAUAAUAAUAAUAAUCAGGAAGAAUUGAAAGAUAUCAAAUUGGAAUCUAAUCACAAUUCGCCCAUUCAACAA